CGCUUUCAAAUUUCGUACUCACCCGUUAAACCGUUACAUCACUGUGUUACUCUUCGCUACUUCUUCUCCGUUAUCAUGAUGCUCCUUCUCUCUUCUCUCCGCCGCUCUCACCGCCGCUUACUCCAUCUUCACCGUCAAUCUCACAACCUAUUUUCAGCUUCUACUUCACCACCACUACAAUUUCCACUAAACCACCCAAUCUAUAUGAUCUGGGGCUCCAAUACCUCCCUUGGCAAAACUCUUGUCUCCACUGGCCUUGCCUCUUCCUUCCUCCUCUCUCCACCACCCGCCACUAACACCACCAACACAACUAAACGGCGUAAAUUUCUCUAUCUCAAACCCGUUCAAACUGGUUUUCCCUCUGACUCUGAUUCCCAUUUUGUAUUUUCAAAACUUUCCUCUCUCGCUUCCCGCUAUAAUCCACCUUUCUCUCUUCUCGCCUCCAAUUCCGUCCUCAAAUCCUCUCUCUCUGCCGCUAAAUCCUUUGGCGGAUGUUUUGAGACCAAUGAAUUUAAAUAUGGAAUGUACAAUUUGAACUUCAAUGAGAAGAAAAAGGUUUUAAGGGAUGAGGCUGGUGUUUCGGAGUUAAUUUGCGAGACAUUGUAUGCAUGGAAGGAGGCAGUUUCUCCACAUUUGGCAGCAGAGAGAGAGAAUGGAGUUGUGGAGGAUUCUGCGGUGAUGGAGAUGUUGGAGCAGUGUUUGAGUAAUGAAUUAAAAUUUGAGGGUGAAAAUGAGACGAUGGAUGCUUUUUGUGUGGUUGAGACUGCAGGAGGGGUUGCCAGUCCCGGUCCUUCAGGAACCUUACAGUGUGAUUUGUAUCGGCCCUUCCGCUUCCCUGGCGUUCUUGUGGGAGAUGGGCGUCUUGGUGGUAUUUCUGGAACCAUUUCUGCGUAUGAAAGUUUAAAGCUUCGAGGUUAUGACAUUGUUGCUGUAGUUUUUGAAGAUCAUGGCCUGGUUAAUGAAGUGCCAUUACUUUCAUAUUUGCAAAACAGGGUGCCUGUAGUUUUGCUGCCACCUGUUCCACAAGAUAUGUCAAAUGACCUGGUAGAAUGGUUUGGUUCUUCUAGCGAACCAUUCAAUUCUCUACAGGGAAUAUUGCUAUCAGCUUUUUCAGAAAGAUUACGGAGAUUGAAAGAAAUGCCUAAGAAGGCAACAGAUGUUUUUUGGUGGCCAUUUACUCAGCACAAGCUUGUACCAGAAGAAACUGUUACUGUCAUUGAUUCAAGGUGUGGGGAGAACUUUGCAGUCUACAAGGCCCAAAACAAAGAUUUCAUAACUGAACAAUUUGAUGCAUGUGCAAGUUGGUGGACCCAAGGACCAAAUGCUACUCUACAGAUUGAGCUUGCAAGAGAUAUGGGUUAUGCUGCUGGAAGAUUUGGUCAUGUCAUGUUUCCUGAGAAUGUUUAUGAGCCAGCCUUAAAAUGUGCAGAGCUUUUGCUUGAGGGUGUGGGCAAAGGCUGGGCUUCUAGGACAUAUUUUUCAGACAAUGGAUCAACAGCCAUUGAAAUUGCUCUGAAGAUGGCAUUCCGUAAAUUUUCUAUUGAUAAUGGAAUCUUUCUAGAUUGUGCGAAGAGUAAUUUAGCUGACAGACAGAUAGAGCUAAGGGUUCUUGCUCUUAAAGGAUCUUAUCAUGGUGAUACUCUGGGAGCAAUGGAAGCACAAGCGCCAUCAUCCUAUACAGGCUUCCUCCAGCAACCAUGGUAUACUGGAAGAGGUCUUUUUUUGGAUCCUCCUACAGUCUUCAUGUGUAACAGCAAGUGGAAUCUUUCCUUACCUGAUUGGCUGCAUUAUGAGAAUGUUACUAACAAUGACAUGGUGUUCAGCUCUCGUGAUGAAAUUUUUGAAAAGAUCAGGGACAAAUCAGAUCUCUAUCGAAUUUAUUCAUCAUAUAUAACACAUCAACUAUCACAAUACCCAGGAGCGGAAGGAACUGUCCAUAUUGGAGCAUUAAUUAUAGAACCAGUUAUACAAGGUGCUGGAGGAAUGCUUAUGAUUGAUCCACUUUUCCAACGGGCACUUGUAAAUGAGUGUCGAAGAAGAAACAUUCCAAUUAUUUUUGAUGAAGUUUUUACGGGAUUCUGGCGUCUUGGAGCAGAGAGUGCAGCAAAACUACUUGGUUGCAUACCAGACAUAGCCUGCUAUGCAAAGCUGAUGACUGGAGGGCUUAUACCCUUGGCUGCCACCUUGGCUACAGAAGAAGUUUUCAAUUCAUUUAUUGGGGAUUCAAAGCUCAAGGCCCUUUUGCAUGGACACUCAUACACUGCUCAUGCUAUGGGGUGCUCGGCAGCUGUUAAAUCCAUCAAAUGGUUCAAGGAUCCCAGGACAAACCUCAAUGUCAUUGCAGAACAAAGGUUGCUUAGGGAGUUAUGGGAUGCUGAAUUGACGCAGCAGAUCUCAUCACGUCCUUCUGUUCAAAGAGUGGUUGCAUUGGGAACUCUGUUUGCUCUAGAACUACAAGCAGAAGGGAGCAAUGCUGGAUAUGCAUCGCUGUAUGCGCGGUCUCUUCUUCAGAAGCUCCGUGAAGAUGGUGUUUACAUGAGACCUUUGGGUAAUGUCAUCUAUCUUAUCUGCGGGCCAUGUACAUCUCCUGAAAUAUGCAGGCAACUACUCAUCAAACUUCACGCAAGACUUGAAGAGUUCAACCAAGCUAAAGAGCAGCAGGCUUCCUGUUAACUGUGAACCCCAAUUUCCGGUUUUCAUUUUCUGAAUAAAGGAAACUAAAAAUUCCCUCGGACUAUUUUGAAUACAUUAUUAUUUUUGUCAAUGACAUAAGUAAUACUGAUAACUUUGUUGAUGAAAUGCACAUUAAACAAGGAUAUGAUAUGAAAUUUAAAAA